AUGGCAAGUCGGCAAUCUAUGCUGCCGGAGAUAUGCUGGAAUCUCUUAUGGUUCUUCGGCGUAGCAGCGUGCGUGAAGCUCCUUCUGAUCCCUUCCUACCACAGCACUGACUUCGAAGUCCACCGUCACUGGUUGGCUUUGACCCGCUCCCUUCCUCUUUCCCAAUGGUACUCCAACGAAACCAGCCCCUGGACGCUCGAUUACCCGCCUUUCUUCGCCUAUUUUGAGUACUUCCUCUCCUUCUUCGCUAGCCUCGUCGACCCUCAGAUCGUGGACAUUCAUGAGGGCCUCAACUACAAGGCAGACACCGUCGUCUAUUUCCAGAGGAUUUCUGUAAUCGUGUCGGAUUUGUGCCUUGUAUAUGGGAUUUAUCGAUUGACUAGGAAAUUGGAGACGCAAAAGAGAGUGGUGAUGUGGAUAUUGGUGAUUUGGUCCCCGGCGCUUGUGAUUGUCGACCAUAUGCAUUUUCAGUACAACGGGUUUUUGCUCGGUAUGUUGAUGCUGUCCAUUUCUUGCUUGCAAGAUGGGAGGGAUUUGAUGGGUGGCUUUCUGUUCGCGGUGUUGCUGUGUUUUAAGCACCUGUUUGCUGUGGCUGGACCUGUUUAUUUUGUUUACUUGUUGAGGCAUUAUUGCCGAGGUGGAUUGUUUAAGGGUCUUGGGCGGCUUGCUACCAUGGGGGCUGUUGUGGUGGCUGUUUUUGCAGCUGCAUUUGGUCCAUUCUUCUACCAUGGCCAAAUCCAACAAGUUAUCAGCAGAAUGUUUCCUUUCGGUAGGGGACUUUGUCACGCAUACUGGGCUCCCAAUUUCUGGGUUUUCUAUAUCAUUUUAGAUAAAGGCCUUGCUUUUCUGCUAAAGAAAUUUGGGAUUGACAUUCCAACACCAGCUGCUUCAUUCACAGGCGGGUUAGUUGGUGAUUCAUCUCCUUUUGCAGUACUACCACAGGUAACUCCCCUGUCAACGUUCAUCAUGGUGCUGCUAGCUCUAUCUCCUUGUCUUGUUAAGAUCUGGAAGAACCCACAUCCAGGGUCGGUUGCCAGAUGGAUUUCUUAUGCCUAUACUUGUGGGUUUCUAUUCGGAUGGCAUGUCCACGAGAAGGCAUCCCUCCAUUUUGUCAUCCCCCUUGCUAUUGUUGCAGUCCAGAGCCUGGAGGAUGCACAGCAUUACUUCUUGCUAUCAAUAGCAACGUGUUACUCGUUGUUUCCGCUUCUAUAUGAAGCCCAGGAGUACCCGAUCAAAGUGGUCUUGCUGCUGCUGCACUCAAUGCUGAUGUGGUUUGGAUUCAGUGCCAAAUAUAGCAAGGUCAAGCCACCGACCAUUUCUGAUAACAAAAAAACUCGGAAGAAGGGAAGCAGCAGCAGCAGUAGGUCAGGGGAAGAGGGAGAGUUCAUGAUUGGAUGGGGAGGGAAGUGUUACAUUAUAGGUAUUGUGAUGGUGGAGACAUGGGGGCAGCUGUUGCAUCCUUACUUUCUUGGUGACAAGCUUCCAUUUGCGCCGCUCUUGUUGAUCUCCAUUUACUGUGGGGUAGAGGUAGUUUACUCCUGGGUGUGGCAGCUAAAGCGGAUAAUGGCUGACUGA